AUGGAGAGAGUGCAGUAUCAGCUAGAGCGAUCCGUUCCACAGCUCCAGCUGCUCGACGAGAAUGGAGUCUUCACCAAGGAGCAGCUUCGUUCCAUCACAACGCAGCGCCAGACUUUCGAAGGACGUCUCUUGCGACGAGGCCCGGACAAGAACGACUUCCUCCGAUAUGCAGACUUUGAACGCAACCUUGCCGACCUCAUAAAUGUCAAGGCCAAUCGCAUCGGCCUGCCCCGCUCCUUCUAUCGCGACAAUGCAGCAGCUCACACCGGCCACAUCGUUGCCAUCUACGAGCGACUCGUGCUCAAGUUCAAGUACGACGUUGACGCCUGGCAGCAGUACAUUGCCUUUGCCAAGAGCAGAAAGAUGCGCGUCGUCACAGGCAGAGUCUAUGCCCGAGCGCUCUCUUUGCACCCCAACAACGUGCCUCUUUGGCUUGCAGCUGCCGCGCACGAGCUCAAUGACAAUGCUUCGACCACCGCUGCUCGUUCGCUUCUGCAGCGCGCCCUCAGACUCAACCGACUACCGUGGAAGAAGAGCGAUCCCGACAGCUCUGCAUCGACGAACGGAAAGCGUAGCAUCAAUGGGGACGUCGACGACUCGAACAAGCGUCAGCGUGUCGACAACUCCAGCUCCACAUCCAUCACUGAUGGAUCGACUACGCCUGCAUCCUCCGGCCCCGCCGCGCUAAAGCUCUCAUCCCGAGAGGCGGAUCUGCUCCGACUUUGGGUGGAGUACAUACGUAUGGAACUCGUCUUCAUCGAGCGUCUACGCAGAAGGUGGCUCGUCCUCGGGCUUCAAUGGGACACCGAAGGCGCCGACGAAGAAGCUGCUUUGAGCUCUUCUAACGACUCAGCAGAAGCGCAGCAGGCAGCCGUCGAUCUCGACUCGACUACGAAUAUGGCAGGCAGCGCCAACGACGAGGCAGGCUUGCAAGAUGAGGAGACAAUACUGCUCGGCCAAGUGCCUGACAAGGACCCCGACGCAAACCCGGAAGCCUUGGACACUGCCAGCACCAAACCCAACACGUUUGCGCCUCGAAAGAUGACCACUAUUCCUCCAACGCAAAUAGCCAUCUUGAGAGGCAACAUCCCCCUCUUUUUGAUCGGGAGCGCACUCGAUUCGCUCGCACCUCAUCUUCAUUUCGUGUUCCUCGUCGCUGUCGUCGAGCUGCUGCAAUCCUUUCCUUUCGCCGAGCCCAUCAGCCUCGACGCUCCUCAAAGCGGACAGGCGCUCCGACGCCGGCUUCUCGAUGGAGCCUAUCAGCACCUUUCCGACCGUCAACGAUGGGGCUGGACUCACUUUGCACCCGCAGCACUGGCAUCUUCGCUUCGCUCCUUCCGACCCGAGACACCUUUUUAUGCGGACGCUCCAGAUCGCACCGCAGCCCAGCUCGCCAACACCGAGGAGAUGGACUCGCAUCGACUUCUCGCAUCUGCCAGUCACCUCCGAACCACGUUCAGCAACGAGACAGAUGGCCUCCUCGAACUCGCCUCGCAGCUUCGAAGCGCGACGACGUCUGGCCUGCAGAAGGCAUCGGCAUCAUCAUCGUCGUCUCUAGCCACUGUGCUCGUGUUGCAGCUCCUGCAGUCUCUCUUGACAGAACGAAGCGGCAGUGGUGCAAGGGCAUCGCCUGCAUAUCAGAAGCUUGCACAGUCAGGCACGCUCCCUCUCGCCGUGAACGACGCUAUCACGAAGAUGCGCGAACUCUGCUUGGAAGCUCCCCUCAACGCAGUUAAGUCGUCGACCCGCAGCGCCAAAGCAGAGUUUUACACCACCACUGCGCUUUUAGUCGAGAUGCUCAGCGAUGAGCAGCGAUCCGGUAUCGACGAGCCCAACCUGUUGCGAUAUCUCGAGUCGGUGCAAACGCAGCUGAUCAAGGAGGCACAAGCUGCUGGAUCGCAGAUCGAGACGGCUCAGAUGCGUGCCAUCACACUGCGCAAAAAGGUUGAAGCGGCACUCGCAGUCGAAGACGACAAGGAGAGAAACAAGAAGCUCACCAAGCUGAAGGAGCAGCUCAAGGACGCAACAGGCAAGAAGAUUUUCCCGGGCAGCGACGAGCUUUGGAGUUUGCGCAUUCUCGUCGCCUCCAAUCUGGCUCGCACGUCUAGCAAGUCGAUGGAAGAAAGUCGCGACGCAAUCGCUGCUGAAUGGCAUCGAGGACUGCAAGCGUGUUCCGAGAACAUCGACGCAAACGCCGCCAUCUCGUCAGCCGAGAACAGUCUGUGGUCGCGGUUCUUCGACUGGCUUGACGACGGAGUAUUCGGCUCACAGGAACCGACUCGGAAGGAGGUGAAGGCAUCCUUCCGCUACAGCUCGGAGCAGUACCGAUGGGCAGUCCGCGAGACUGCUUCUUUGCUUUCGCGCAGCCACAACAAGUCGAUGGCUGGCGUCGAAGUCGUUCAAGAGCAUCGUCAGGAUGUUCACGACUGGUGCAUAUGCCGUUACAUCCGGCUCAGUCGUCCGUUUGGCAAGUACGACGAUAUCGUUUCAUGGCUGCUUCAAUCCUCGUUUGGCUCGCUUCAAGGCUGGCUGGGCAACAUCACGGAACUGGAAAGCGAAGAAGAGUUGGACAUGCCCAAGUACCUUCAAACGGUGGAAAGGAUCUUUGCCAAGCUACUCCAGACCAAUGCGAAAGACGUCGAAGUAUGGUCGAACUACCUGCGACAUCUGGCUAGCAGAGACAUGACCAAGGCAUUGCAAACGCUGGAAAGGUGCCGCAGCACGCUGGACAAGAGCGAAUACAAGCUGGUGGAGAAGGAGUGGCAGAGCAUUUGCGAGGCUCUGCAGGCGCAGUCGUCUACUAUCGUCGACAAUGACGACGACCAUGACGAGAUUAGUGAAGACGAGGCUUAA